GCCAAUGAUACACUACAGGACAGUUUACGUAUAGAUAGGUAGGUACCUAACCUUAGGUAGGUCCCGUUUGGCUACUACCUAAAAUACAUGUAUACUACUAUGUACCUAGGUACUUCGUACAUAUGUAGUCAGCCAGGUACAUAGAGCGAAGGCCGAUAAGAUAAGGUAAGUAGAGAUUGUUGGCAGUGGGACAUCGAAAAUCCGGGCUUAGGCUGUAAGGCGAUCGAAAUUGCGGUAGCAACAUCCGGAUUCCGGCCCAGCCACUUAUCAGUGGUGAUUAGAUCAAAACCUUACGUGGGUCGCGACGGAUACAACGCGAUGUUGGCGCCUUAGUCUCUUUCCACUCAAGUAUCCUCCAGCCUUGUGCGUUGUACAGUAGACGAUCAUUUUAUCCACUUAAUUCGUUUUCGCAUGCAAGCGCGCACUUUAUUUUGGAUUAACUUUCGACGAUGGCAUCGUGAGUUUCGUCAAGACUGUUGCAGAGUCUCGCGCGCGAUUUCUGCGUUACCAGGGCAAACCGAGCACCAUCGUACCAUCAUCACAACCAGUAUCACAACCAUAACCACAGAGCCCAGCGGGGCGGGAGUAACCCAAAUCAUAAAUUGAAAGCCCAAUCAAUUGUUUUGUGUUUUCUCCUUCAUUUACUUCGAUUGGCGUCGUCCUCGGAAUCAAGUUCGCUAUGCCGCCAUUAGAACCUUCGCGCAGCUUCGCGCAUGAUAUGCUCUCAAAUCUUGCAUCCAGAUCAUCACCUUCGACAGCCACACCUACGUCGACGUUAAACCUUGCACAGAAAAUCCACGACUUUGCCUCCCGCACGCUCCUCCCCCGACUAGCGACGGAUGUGAGCACGGUCCCUGAGGGAUACGGCCGGACUGCAAGCGGCCCGGCCCCGGGUGCGGUCGCCGGUAUAGUCUUGGGUUCCGUCGCAGGAUUCAUACUCCUGUUGUGGAUAAUAUACUGGUGCGUGAACUUGGGAUCACCAGCGCCUCACCUCGAGGAGGGCUCCGUAAGCGGAGUGGGUGGCUCCUCGUCUGUAGUGUCGUACCGCUCGCGACCGCGGGUGCGCCGUCACCGACACAGCCAUAACUCGCGAACGUCGCAGCAGUACUCGCCGCAUCGGCGGAAGGAGACCGUCGAGAUCACGCGGCGUGACCGCACUGUUCGCCGCUCUCCAUCCUCAUCUCCUGCCCGUGUACCGGAGGUCGACCAAAUUGUCGUGCUAGAGGAACAUAGCCGGUCCCGGUCCCGGCCACGGUCACGUUCGCGAUCAAGGUCGAGAAGUAUUAGUCGCCCACGACCUGCUCCGACACGUAGCGACGGCGACGACGAGAUCGUAGUGCUGGAGGAACACACGCCGCCCAGGCGGGGGAGCAGGAGUUAUAGACGUAGGAGCAGCGAAAGGAGGAGUGGCGCGCAGUAUAGAGACGUGGAAUAUCGUAGGAGGAGCAGCUCCCGAAGAUGAUGAUUAUAGCAAUAACAGGAUGAGAAAACGAGCAAGCGAUUUUUAAGGGGGAUGAGCUUAUGGUUAUAUUGAAGUACAAUAUGAAUGAAUAUAUGGGAAAUACCUGGAGCUUUUGUGUUUUAACUAGUGGAAUAGCAUGGCGUAUAAGGUUGUAUGAGAUGAUGGGGAUGUCUAAGCUAUUGUAGUAUAUCAUAUAUCAUGUACUAUUAGGAAUUGGGAUAACACGGUGCAUGCUCUCUCUCUCUCUCCCCCCUCCCCCCCCCCCGGUGGUAGUGGAGCCUAUUAGUCAUCUAUAGGCUAAUACCAAAUACCUAGCACCAGAUUUGUCUUUGAAGUUAGUCCAGUUAGGUACUUCUCUUAUAUAUACAUAC